AGGACAGCAGGAUGUACAGCUGACGACGUCCUCCGUUCCUAUUGGCCAACGUCGUGACGUCGAACGUGCGUAAGCGCUUCCUUAACCUGACUCGCUGAAAACUGAAAAAUAGAAGAUGGCUGGUCACCGGUUGGUCCUGGUGUUAGGUGACCUGCACAUCCCCCACCGGUGCAACACGCUGCCCGCCAAGUUCAAGAAGCUGCUGGUGCCCGGAAAGAUCCAACACAUCCUGUGCACGGGGAACCUGUGCACCAAGGAGAGCUACGACUACCUGAAGACCCUGGCAGGCGACGUGCACAUAGUGCGAGGAGACUUCGAUGAGAACCUGAACUACCCGGAGCAGAAGGUGGUCACGGUGGGCCAGUUCAAGAUCGGCCUGAUCCACGGCCACCAGGUGAUCCCGUGGGGCGACGUGGCCAGCCUGGCGCUGCUGCAGCGGCAGCUGGACGUCGACAUCCUCAUCUCCGGCCACACGCACAAGUUCGAGGCCUUCGAGAACGAGAACAAGUUCUACAUCAACCCCGGCUCGGCCACCGGCGCCUACAGCGCGCUGGAGAGCAACAUCAUCCCCUCGUUUGUACUCAUGGACAUCCAGGCGUCCACCGUGGUCACGUACGUCUACCAGCUGAUCGGAGACGACGUGAAGGUGGAGAGGAUCGAGUACAAGAAAUCUUAAGAGGAGGAAGAGUGUCAUUUCAUUCCUGUCCACCAGGGGGCAGCAGCCUCCACCACAGAGUCACACAAUGUUCACUGUAACAAACUGUUCAGUAACUUAACUCCAAAAGAAAAGUGUAUUAUAUUGUUUAUAUGUCAUCUGCUUCUCUCCCAGCUCUAUUUGGUAUCAGUAGAAAGAAAAAAAAUGCAAUAAUGUCACGUGUUUUGCUAUCAAAAGAAAUAUUUGGUGCCAUUUCUUCUCCUUCUUCUUCUUCUUCUUGUUCUUUUUUUUUUUAAUUCUCCCUUUUCAUGAUUCCAACAUGUAAUCUUUGACUUCCUGUAGUCGACCAGCUUUCAUUUAUUUCUGUCUCACAAUAAAGAUGUUAUAUC